CCGAAUGGGUCGUACUAUUUACGAACUAUGUCUUAUUCCUCUGUAGUUUUACACGUUACGACAACAUCGCAAAAAAACUGUAUGAAUAUUUUAAAUGAGUUUAUAUAGUUAAUUAUACCUAAUAUUGGAAGUGUUAAAAAAAAUCAUAUACCUACCUAAACGAUUUCAGUUACAACAGAAUUUGAAUAAAAUGAUUUUAAAUUUCUUCAAGAUUUUUUGUUUCACUAUGGCAAUAAAAAAUUUUCCUGGACGAACACUAGGGGUGAAAUUAGGUGAAAGGUGUUUAUCUAAUCAAGAAUGUGACACAGGAUUUAGCAGAUGUCACCAGGAGUCUGGAAUUUGUUCUUGUUUACCAUACUACGCACGAGUGAACAAUGCAUGUUUACAAUCUACGCUUUUAGGAUUUGAGUGUGUUGUGGAUGAGCAAUGUUCAUUGAAAGUAGCUAAUAGUAGAUGCCUUAAUAAUGUAUGCGAGUGUGAAUCUAAGUUUUGGCAGUAUCGAAGACAUACAUGUUUAUCUCCUGCCAAACUGGGAGAAGUGUGUUAUAGUGACACUCAUUGUGCACUGUCGGAUGAAAAUAACCGAUGCCAGUUCACCAUGCCUGGUGUAUUUGGAUUUUGUAUUUGCGAUCCUGCUUCCCCGGACUGUAUAUACAAAGCACAAAAUUCGAUUUUGAUUAAACCUAAUAGUUCAGCAUUCAAAUACCCAUUUAGUAAACCAGAUCUAAAGAAAAAAUUUCCGUACCAAAAACGACCUUGGCAAACGGAUGACCUAAGACUCACAACGACUACCUCAACAAUUAAGCCAUUACGACCAAUCAAUAAACCACAAAUGCCUCCUCUAAAACGGCCCAUUAUAAAAACAAAUUUAACGAAUAAUGGUAUAAAAUUUACUGCCGUUCCGGUGACGAACACUCAGUCAUCUGUAAUUUCUCUCAACUACACAACAGUUGCAUCGAAGAACAUAACAUUUAAACCUCAAUUUGCUAUAGUGCCCACGCCGUCACCAAUCAAAAUUUACUUAAAAAGUCCAUUGAAAGAUUCACAAAAUAAAAGCCAAACAAUUGUCAACGACUCAUCUAUAAAAGUGCAUAAGAAACCAAUUAGUAAUACAGGUAUUAUGUUAAGGAAGGGAGAACCUAAACGACGCAUUAGUCUUGGAUUUCCGUGUGUUAGCGAUGCGCAGUGUAUGCGAAAUGAUGAAAACUCAAGAUGCCUACAUGGAAUUUGUGAUUGCCUACCAAACAAUAAGACAAUUGAUCAGUGUACAGCGAAAACUCGAGGUUGUUUACAGAAUACAUUCCAAUGCCGAUCUAGUGGUAAAUGCAUUAGUUGGUUCUUUGUAUGCGAUGGCCGAACUGGUGACUGUGGGGAAGACGACAAUUCGGACGAAGAAUGUUCGGGUAAUCAGCAAUGUCCAAGUACCACGUUUGCUUGUCGGUCUGGUAAAGCCCCCAGGAAUUUAUGCGUUUCUAGAUCAACGCGAUGCGAUGGUGUGAAAAACUGUCCACUCGGGGAUGAUGAAGAGAGCUGCAACGCCGUUGAACAUAAAGGGUGUCCGGCGUAUACGUUCCAGUGCGGCGACGGUCAGUGUCUACCAGAGUACGAGUUGUGCAACGCGGUGGUGACGUGUGCCGACAAAUCGGACGAGUUGGAAGGCCUGUGCGGCGGCGGUGCGCCGAUGACCGUCGGCAACAGGACAUCCGCCGCGCGUCCCCCGCAGCCGUUGACCCGGGUCCGCGGUGCCUACCGGCACAGCCCGGCCGAAUGCCCUUUCCGGUGUAGGAACGGCCGGUGCCGAUCGACCGCCGUACUGUGUUCUGGUCGGGACGGAUGUGGUGACGGGUCGGACGAAUCGGGCUGUUCCGUUUGCAAAUGCCCUGCAGUUUCAUAAAAAUAUAUUGAAGUUCUUAUUUUAAGAAGAUUAUGGCAUUAAACAGUUCUACCACUACGACGCUCAUCACUACAUUCACUUAUACUUUAUGGCGUAUACUAUAAUAUUAAGUACCUUUACUUAAUGGAAUACAACAAGUGUAAUUUUGUACAUAUAUUAUAUUAUAAUGUAUCUUUAUGUUUGAAACAAAAAAUGUUGUAUUUUGUUUAUUAGAUAGUUAGGUACCUACAUCAAAUUAUAAUUUGAUGUGUUAUUAAUUAUAUUCUUCUUAUUAAUACAUUUAUAUAUUAUCAUUAUUAUUAUUUUUAUAUUACUUGUAUUAAAAAAUAAAUAAUUUUUUUUUAUAGCAAACUUUCUUAUGGUAGGUAUUUAAUAUACCUGAUUUACUAUGAUACGUAACUUAUAUUCUGUAAUUUAUUUAUUUAAUCAGGCGUAUAAAUGUAUACCUAAUAUUAUAACUAAAUAAUAAUGAACCUACUAUUUUUAUAAAAUUAACUAUGGUGUUACAUUUUUAAGUUGGUAUGUAUAAGCAUAAAACUCUAAGGUAUGUGCUAGAGAAUUUUCAAGAGAAGGAUGAAUUAGACUGGUUAGAGAAUUUUUUUUUAUGUAUAAAAUUGUCUUCUAAUAGUUUUAACGGGGUUUAAGGAUUAAUAUAAGCACGAAUGCUUGAUAAUACCAUAUUCUAUUGGUCAAUGGUGGAUGGAUGAGGGGGUUAACUCCAUGUUUAUCCAUCAUCAACAUAUAUGGGGCAGUAAAAAGCUAACUUUUUGACAACAGUAUUUUUUCUGAUAGAAAAGUGAACCUUUGGGAUUCCUUCGGAAGGUCUAAAUCGAAAAUCAUCAAAAAAAAAUCAAAAAUUUCCCAUGCCUAGAAAUAAAUAAAAAGAAACAACCUAUUUUUUUUAAAUUGUACUUACCAUAAUGUAUGGAAAAUUAAAAAUUCAACAAAUAUAGAUUACAGUGACUUAGGUACGACGCGAUAUCGUGAUACAUUCGACAUUUACAACAAUUAAUAAAGUGUACAGCAACGCGGUUACCAUAUCUGUUAUGUUCUUAUUUUUACUAAAAGAUUGGAUGUCAAAUUUCUCAAAUAAUAAUUUUGAACAGUAUUUUAUUAACUUGGAUUAUAUUUUAGUCUAUAGACCUGAUUUUAAAGCACUAAAAUAGCAUUAAAAAAAGAUCAACAUGUUUAAAUUUUAUAAAAAAAAUAUGUUAUUUAUGCAAUGUUUAGUAAAAUUGUCAAUAAAAGUAACAAGAAUAGUAGCUCAUCCUUACUCCAA